CGGAACUGGGUCAUAGAUAUGAUCUCCGAGGACUUAGAUACAGCCUCCCAGGACCCCAUGAAGGUCUUCGUGUUCGCAGUCCACGGGUACCCGGAGAUCCUGAGUGCCUCGAGGGUCUCGGACCACACCGGCGUCAGUGCCGCGUUCGGCCCGCGGAAGCCGAAGAGCCAGCUCGAGCGCGGCAUCCAUCAG